UCCAACCACCAGGCGGCAGCACACGCAGAACCUCCACAGGAAGUGCACCACUUCUCCACGCUUGGUCUUUGGCACCAUAACAUCGCUGCUGUUCGAGCUCACCAUGAAUCCUCUGACGAAGGUGAAGCUGAUAAACGAGCUGAACGAGCGCGAGGCCGACCUCGGGGUCAACGAGAAGGUGUCGUGGCACAGCGAGUACCGGGACAGCGCCUGGAUCUUUGUGGGAGGCUUCCCCUACGAGCUCACAGAGGGGGACCUGCUCUGCGUCUUCUCUCAGUACGGUGAGAUCGUCAACGUCAACCUGGUGCGCGACAAGAAGACGGGAAAGUCCAAAGGCUUCUGCUUCAUCUGCUACGAGGACCAGCGCAGCACCAUCCUGGCUGUGGACAACUUCAAUGGCAUCAAGAUCAAAGGACGCACCAUUCGCGUAGACCACGUAAAAAACUACCGCCCCCCCAAAGACGGCGAGGACAUCGAUGAUGUCACCAAACGCUUGAGGGAGGAUGGCUGCGCCCCCACGGGCCCUGCCGCCCCCCCGUCCUCCUCUGAGGAUGACGAGCAGCUCGUCAUACCUGUGAAAAAACCCAAAAAAGACAAAAAAGAGAAGAAGAAAAAGAAGAAGGAGAAGAAGAAGAGCCGAGCUUCCUCCUCCUCACCUCCCAUCCGAGUCAAAGAAGAAAAACGAGACACGGCGUACGACAAGUACGCCACGGGGGGGUCACAGAACGGACACAAUGAGACGGAGAGGAGGAGGGAGGAGAAGAGGAGAGACAGAGAUGUGGAGAGUAAGAGAGAGACUGAACGAGAGAGGGAGGACAGAAGGAGAGGAGAGAAGAGGAGAGAGGCGGACAAGGAGAGCUCCAGAAGAUAGAUGGAGGAGUAAAGAGAGGAGAAUGAUACAUUCUCUCCUCAGCAGAAGAGCUCCCCCUGCUGGCUGACAUCCUCCUGUAAACAAAGCUUCCAUGAGAAGCCUUUUUUUGUACAGAUAUUUGUAAAGUUUGUCUUAAGUGUUAAAAAACAAGUUUGUCUUCUGGGCGAUGAUUUAAAUAAUUGAUUUAUUAAAAAAAAUUCAAACAGCAAA